UUGAAGUUGAACAUCCAAGAUGUUUGGAUUAGGAAAACUGACGCAUUAUGCAUUUGACGCUGUAUUGAUAUCAAUUGCUUUAGCAGGAGUAAAAAGAUCGACAGGUUUGACACUAGCUAUCAAUAGAAUGGCUAAUAAGGAUGCUAGAAAGAUAAUAAAGAGCUGGCUUGAUCUAGGCGAAUAUUGCUUUGAUGGUGCAGUAAUACUCAUGCAACGAUCUAAAUCUUUCAUUAGAGACGUCUAACUUCUGCUCUACUUCCGGAUCGUCAUGUUGAUUGAUAUAUCUAAGUAGUCGAGGGACAUCUAGCAAUGGUACCAUUCAGAUGGUUGUAUAAAUAUUCAUUUCUAGUAUC